GUGGAGUGGAAUGAGUAAAGUGGAACAGUAUGCCGUCUACAGACAGCUAGAAGAGAUUCAGCGAAAGGAUUGGAAGGAGUUGAGCCUUGAUGAGAAAAAGGCAGGUGAGUGCGGCAGAGACAAGAAGAAAGAUGGCUCAUCCCUCUGUUCCUCCCGCUCAUCCUCUCUCCCCUCUCUCUCUCUCUAUCCCACUUCCACAGCCUACUUUGUCUCCUUUGGUCCCCACGGCCCACGCAGGCCCAUCACCCAGCCAGGUCAGGCAAUGCGAACCGCCGUAGGAGUGGGUGCUCUAAUGGGAGCAACCGCCGUAGUCUUCUUUGGCAUGAGACACUAUGCCACACCCCCACCAAAGACGAUGACAAAGGAAUACCAGGAACAGACGAAUGAAAAGGCUAGAGAGGAGAAUUUGAACCCCAUCACUGGUACGUAGAGGGCCCGGGGGGGGGAGAGAGAGAGAGACAAGAGGGACUGCUUUUGAUGUGAGAGGGAGAUACUGAUUGAAACACUACUCCGCCUACCUGCUCACUACUCACAGGUAUCUCCUCGGAUGGGUACAAGGGCAAGGGAUUCAUCCAGUCCAAGUAGACGUCCUCUCCAACCAACAGCGGGCAGCUUUGCGGAGAAGCGAGCGAGCGAGCGAACGGACGAGCAUUCAGCA